CUACAAUCUAAAAAUAUGUCUUUUCUCUUUAGACCUCGUGUUGUGAAGCUUGUAGUUUUACGCCUUAAGCAUUGAAAAUGGCAGAGGCUCAGGUUUCAAACGUAAACCAUGAAGAACUGUUAAGAAAGGUGGAUGAUUUAGAAAAACGUUUGCAGACAAAAGAUGCAGAAAUUCAAGUUUACAAAAUGCUCAUGUCUCAAAUGGAAGAAGAGGCAGCUCAAGCAAAAAAAUACAAGGCCCUUCACGAAAAGCAAACUCAAGACGUGGACACUUUAAGGACGGAAUCAGAAAAAACGUUAACAAAGGCUAAGAGUAUGAUUUUUGAGAAGACAAAAAUUAUUAAAAACCAAGAAUUACAGAUAGAGGCGUUCACACAACAGAUUGAAUCUCUCAGAGAAGUUGUACGCAUCACAAAGGAUCUUCUUGAAAUCAGAAAUAUGGAAGUAAAACAACUGGAAAUCAAGAUCGAGUCAAUAGAAGGUAAGCAAAAAGCUGAAAAAGAACGGUAUGACCUAAUGCAUAAAAAACUAGAAAUGAUGAUUAGACACAACGCCGAGUUAAAAAGAGAAUAUGAAACUCAGUUGUGCCUUUUCACCGCAUUAAGAGAAAGAUAUAACGAACGAGAGUUAGCUAAAGAUGUCAUUGAUAACUUAAAGACACCAGCACUAAAAAUUGCUAGUCAAAAUGAAACCAACACGGCACAAAAGGAAAUUAAAGUAAAUGAAGAACUUAAAGGCAUCCAACCUGAAUCAAAAAGUGUUCAGCUUGAAAACAGUGUUGGUGAAGCACAAAAAUCUGAUAACUCAGUAGUUCCUAACCAAGAAAAACCAAUUGAAAGUAGUAGUAAUAUUAGUGAACAAGAAGUAAAUAAACAGAAGUCAGCUGAUGAGCAGAAUACAGCUACGACUGUAGAAUCUGCUUCAUCAACAAAUCAGCCUGAACCUAACAAGGCAGUAACCGUUGAUCAAAAUAAAAUUUCCACACCUACUGAGCAAAUUGUACCUAAACUAGAAGAUUCUAUUCCAGUCCCAAAUGAAGUUAUUGUUGUUUCUGAAGCUAGUAAGCCAGAAAAAAAUGUUAUUGAGCAAAAUAAGCAGUCAGAAACCAACAAUAAUAUAAAUUCAUCUGAACAAAAGACCAAAGAACCAGUGAUUACUGAACCUAAGUCGGCCAUUAAAGAAGAAAAAGCUGAAGGUCAAAGCAACAAUAUUUCUGAACAGACGGUAGUGAAGACUGAUGAUUCUGUUGCAGCUCCAAUAGAUCAGACAAAUCAAGAUGUGGUUGCACAAUCUGCUAACAUUGUAAAGUCAUCAUUAACGAGUGAUGUCCCAGCUUCUGUUUCCGUUGAUGUUAAUCCAGUCAACAAAGAAGUCAGUCUUAACAACGAACAAUCACAACCAACAAAUGAAGUCCCAGUUGUGGUAUCUGUGGAUAGUGAUCUAGUCAAAGUGGAUGUUAAUAACGACAAAGUAUUAGCACCAGCACCACAAGUAGCUAAUGUCCAGAAAAAAGAAUAAUGUCAUAUUUUUUAAAUUUAAUGUUAGCAUUUACAGGUACUGAAUGUCAUGUGUAUUGUGAAUCCGAAUAAAUUUGUAUAGUUUCAACUUUA